AUGUUAUUAAGAUUACCAUUUCAAAUAGUUAUUUGGUCUUUCGUGACGUGGAUUAUCCUUUCCACAGUAAUACCCCAAGCGUUACUGAAAUAUACUAAUAUUGAAAUUCAAACUAAUAAAUAUACCAGAUCAGAUUAUCCCUACAACUCAAUUACAUCUCCAGUACCAUUGCCGAUUCAAAAUAGUUCAGUUUACUUUAUCAUUGGACAUCCUGACGAUGAAGUGAUGUUCUUUUCCCCCUCCUUGAUUGAAAUCUCCAAGGUUAAAUAUAACAAUAAUGUCAAAUUAAUAUGUUUCUCUAAUGGCGAUUCAGUUGAUGAAUCAAUGGGUAAGAUACGAUCCCAUGAAUUAGUUGAAUCAGCUAGAAUAUUGGGUGUUCCUCAAGAUAAUGUUAUCGUACUUCAAGAUGAUUUUAAAGAUGGUAUAAACAUUGAAUGGGAUUCAGAUUUAAUAAAGCAAGCUUUAUAUGAAAACGUUGAUUUUAACAAUAAUACUCAACCAAAAGUAUUCAUUACUUUUGAUGAAAAUGGAGUUUCAAACCAUCCAAAUCAUAUUUCAUUAUACUACGGAACCAUCAAUUUCUUCAAUUCUUAUUAUUCAAAUAAAGAUAAAUCAUCAUUACCUAUCAAACAUAAAUUAUUCGUAUUGAAAUCAUUAAACUUUUGGGAAAAGUAUAGUUUCACAUUAUUAAACAAUGUUGAGUUAUUUGUGGAUCAUUUAUCAAAACUUUUGAUUAAUAAUAUUUUAAAAAUUAAUGUUAAUAUAAAUGUUAGUUUCUUUAAUAAAAAAGAAUUAACUAGUUCAUCUAUCAAGUUUUAUUCUGAUUUAAACAUGUUAAGUGUUAGUUAUGCGGCCAUGGCUUAUGGUCAUUUCAGUCAAAUGGUUUGGUUCAGAUACGGUUGGUUAAUUUUAAGUCGUUAUUUGACUUAUAAUCAUUUAAUUCAAUUAAUUUAA